AUGCCGGGGACCAGCUGGAUUGACGCACUAGUUGCUGCGGAUUGCCGACUUGAGCUGACGGAGGAGUGGGGCGAGCGGCUGUUCGCAGCGCUGGCGCGUGCGGGCGGGCGGGAGUACAGCAACAUGGCGGUGGGGUACAACAACGUCGACGUGGACGCCGCCACGCGCCACGUCAUCAGCGUCGGCAACACCCCCGGCGUGCUGACGGAGACGAAGGCAGAGCUGGCGGCGUCGCUGACCCUGGCGGCGGCGCGGCGGGUGGUGGAGGCGGAUUACUUCAUGCGCGCGGGGAAGUACGACGGCUGGCUGCCCACCAUGUGA